CCCUCCCCAUCCCUCCUCAACUCAACCUUCAACCACCAACCAACGCCUCGAAAGCUUCCCUCUAACUCCUCCGUCCCUCCCUCGACAUGUCUCCCGCAGCUGCCCCUGAUAGCCCCAUCGAGUCGUCCGAUGCCCCGAAGAGGGCAUACGUGACGUUCCUAGCUGGUAAUGGUGACUAUUGGAAAGGUGUGGUAGGUUUGGCAAAGGGCCUUAGAAAGGCCAAAGCCAUCUACCCUCUUAUUGUAGCUGUCCUCCCUGAUGUUCCCGAAGACCAUCGUCAAAUCCUCGAGAAUCAGGGUUGUAUCGUUCGUGAGAUUGAACCUGUUUACCCUCCGGAAAACCAAACCCAGUUCGCUAUGGCUUAUUACGUUAUCAACUACUCUAAGCUCAGGAUCUGGGAGUUCGUGGAGUACGAGAAGCUCAUUUAUUUGGACGGGGACAUCCAAGUGUUCGAAAACAUCGACCAUCUGUUCGACAUGCCGAAUGGAUACUUCUACGCCGUGAUGGAUUGCUUUUGUGAGAAGACAUGGAGUAACUCUCCACAAUACAAGAUAGGGUAUUGCCAGCAAUGCCCUGAUAGAGUGAAAUGGCCUGUGGAGGAAAUGGGAAACCCUCCACCUCUUUACUUCAACGCUGGGUUCUUUGUGUAUGAGCCUGAUCUCUUCACCUACAAGGAUCUUCUUGAGACUUGUAAGGCCACAACUCCGACUUUGUUCGCCGAGCAGGACUUCUUGAACAUGUACUUCAACGACAUAUACAAGCCCAUUCCACCAAUUUACAAUCUCGUCCUAGCCAUGUUAUGGCGUCAUCCCGAGAACGUCGACGUUGACAAAGUCAAAGUCGUCCACUACUGUGCUGCAGGAUCGAAACCGUGGAGGUACACGGGAGAAGAAGAGAACAUGGAUCGAGAGGACAUCAAAAUGUUGGUGAAGAAAUGGUGGGAGGUGUAUGAAGAUGAGUCAUUGGACUACCAAAAUGUCAUCAAAUCUCAGACCAAACAGGACACUAAGCUCACACCUUUGAUGUCUGUCCUGUCUGAACCUGAAGUAGUGAGCCAUAUCACAGCCCCUUCAGCUGCUUAAAUUAAUUAUUAAUUAUAAGCUCUUAAGUGUGUGUGUGUGCGCGCUUAAUUAAGCUUUUAUGUACGGUACCUCUGGUGGGGGCCACCACGUUGACUUUUCAAAUUUUAUGAAUAAGGCUGUUUUUAGCUGCCUUUCCUUUUU